AUGGUUAGAAUGCCGACCCUCGUCUUGCCCGUGGAAGCCCGGGGGCGACUUAAGAAAGACUUCACGAUGACGCUCCCCAUUGAGCUCUUAUCCUACAUCUUCCUCGUCGGGCAAUAUCUGUCCCUCCAGGAAGAGGCGGACAGCGAAACGAAAAGGCACCCCUUCGAGCUCCUAGUAUGCGCUGUGAAUCGCCACUGGCGGCAGGCCGCUCUCGGCACAGCGCUUCUCUGGCACAGCAUAGAUAGCCGGAAGGCGCCUGACAUGAUCGCGGCGUAUCUCAGGCGCUCCCACAGCGCAGGCCUGCACCUCCGCCUCGUCGAGCCCAUCGACCCCGCCGCGCUCGCGCUCGUCCUCGCCGAGCGCACGCGGUGGGCGACCGCCUCCAUCGGCGCGCUCCUCAGCGCCGAAGAGGGUCUGCUGUGCGCCGCCCUGCGCACCAUCGGCGCCUGCCCGGUCCAGCACCUCUCGAUAACUUUCGAGACCGUGGACGGCGGGCGGACGCCCACGCUGGGCGACGUGGCGACGCCGCAGAUCUUCCUCGAGGCGGCGCCGUCGCCCGCGUUCGUCCGCCUCCGCGGAUUCGCGCUCCUCGCGAUGCGCCCCCGCCUGGACGGCGUCGUCACGCUCCAUCUCGACCUCACGCGGCGGCUGCGGUUUUCGUACGCGCUGCUGAGCUCGUUGCUGACGUCCUCGCCGUUCCUCGCCCACCUGUCCAUGCAUGGGUACUGCGAGCCGAGCGACUGGCCCGAGGAGCGCCAGACGAUCCACCUGCCUGCGCUGCGCUCCUUCCGGCUGAAGUGCAUGAUGGGGCGCACAUACACGGAGCUCCUCACGCGCAUCGAGGCUCGCGGCCUCGUCUCGCUCGCCCUCAAGGACGUGCAGAACGACGACCUCGACGGAAUAUGGGCCAUGAACGAGCGUGAGCCCCUCUUCCCCAAGCUCGAGACGCUCUUCUGCGUAGGCUGCGAGUUCUCCGACGCCCUGUACCCGCUCAUCAUGAGCGCCUUCCCGACGAUAAAGGAGUACAUCUGCCUCGGCGACACCGUCGGCUGCCCUUACAUCUGGCGACACCUGAAGCCACGACAUGCGCAUUGGCCGAACCUUGAGCGGCUGGCGUUCCUUUUCGACGAGGAUGAGCGCAGCUAUGUCAUGGUCGAGGACCUGAAGGCGUGGCAGGAGACAGGUGAACGACGCACCCUGCAGCUUCGUCUCCAUACCGACACAGACAUCACGGAUUUCCAGGCCUACGCUCAUGAUUGCGGCGUCGAAGUCGAAAAAGUACCUCGUCUGGGCGCAUGGCCGGACGCCUAUACUACUGACGAAGAGGAUUCUUUGUUCUGGUGA